AUGGCUUUCGCGGCUGAUCUCAGUACGCUCACCGAUGCCUUGAUUACCUCUGUCACUAAGAUAUCACCGAGUCAGAAGGGAUCUGCCCACAUUCAAAGCCUCAAGCGUCGCGUACAAGGGGGUCUCCGGACUGGUUCUCAUACGCGCACCGACCAGUUUGCAGUUGCGAAACAACUCGAAGGGCUGCAAGAAAAGUUCCAAGUCUUGAAUAGAGAUGAGCUUGCCGAGGCUCUUCGCAGCCGCCUGGUAGAGCUAGAAGGCAGCCGUAACUCCUGGCUCCCAGAGAUACUCAGCCUGUUACUUCAGCUCUCAGACCGCCCCGCUCUAUUGUCCACAGUUGACAGAAUCGGGAAGAAAGACAAGCCCUCAGAGGCACCAGAAUCUCUUUCAUGGUCGGAUCUCAACCCAGAGGGGGCAGCAUACAGUGGCGAAGGUAUCUGGGAACAGGUAGAUUUCACUGCCGACUCCUCAGAUGACGACGACUUUUCAUCCGUCGUCAGCGAUGUCUCUGCUCCAAGGCACAGACCCCCGUCCUCUACAUCGAUUGAAGAGGACUACAUUGUCCCUGAUGAGAUAUUUACUCCAGCAGAAGAUGACGAUCUCAUCGUCUGUAUAGAAAAGGCACAAUUUUGGAGGAUAGAAAACCAUCCUCCAGUCAGCCAAGGAAAAGAUAAAGCCUCGCAAACCAUUACCGAAUUACAACUCGCGAGAGAGACUAUCUUUAUGCUUCAGGGUCUUCCGACAUCUGUAUUUUGGCGUUUGGAUGACGAUGCCGAAAUAGAUCGCAGUUACACACUCGCACAUUCAUCCAACGAAUCACUAGCAUCACUUUUGCAGUGCUUUGGUGAAAUAGGCGCCAAAAUUAACGCUGUGCGAGAUUUUAUCAAGACACCUCAGACAAUUCCAUACAUGCAGACAUUUUGUCGGGGCGUUGAAGAGCGUCUUCAUGAAUUCGACGGGACACUUUCCCAAGUUCAGUACGGAUACCUUUCCGCUGGUUCAACAAUUAGUCUUCUCCAGCUUCUCGCCGAUGUCCGUCAACACUCUCACGAGCUAGCUUUGCUAGCAGAAAUGAUAGCUAGACUAGGGAAGAGCUCGACCGAUCAACCGAUGCGCUGUCUGGAUCUGCUAUAUGACCUAAUAUGUAUGCUGGAAGCUCUCGGGGAUGAAAGUGCAUCUCGACGCCUUGCAAAACUAUUCUUCCUGUGCUUCAAAACAUAUACAAGAUCGAUUCAGCUUUGGAUGGAAACAGGCCAAGUUGAUCCUUCAGAUAUCACCUUCUUCGUUCGGGCGAAUCGUGAGGGUGAUCUUCGUACCCUUUGGCACGACUGGUUCGCUCUGGAUGAGGGGCCGAGGCGGCAGAAGAUCCCUCAGUUCCUCGAGACGAGUGUUCAAAAGAUCUUCACAGCAGGCAAAAGCAUGGUUUUCUUGCGCCAUUUGAAUGCAUUACUUCCAGAGACCUGCGAGAAAUCGGACAUGACACUCGAUGAAAUUUCCUCCUCUGACUCAUUACUCUUGCUUCCAUUUUCUGCAUCAGUAGAGUCAGCUUUCGAGAAACUUGUGGAUAUAGAUCAUUCACUUAGUGCCAUUCGUUUGCGAGAGGAACUUGAUGAAAAAUGCGGGCUGUGGAGUGCUCUAGACGCUCUUCAACAUGUUUACCUUGGCAAAGACAUGAGUGUCCUCAGUAUGAUCGAUGCGAAGGUUUUCGAACUGAUAGACCGGGGUCGCUCUUGGGAUGACAGAUUUUUGCUCACUGAAAUCUCAAGGACGGCUUUCAGUUCAAUACCCGCCAUCGAUACAUCGAGACUCCUUGUGCGCCCAGCUAGUACCACUUCGCGUGAAUCACGAAACCACCGAAGCGUGGUAAUCCUCGAGUCAAUAUCCAUCGACUAUGGUCUUCCGUGGCCUGUGGCAAACAUUAUUACCGAGGAAGCAAUUUGCUCGUACCAGCGAAUCUCAACCUUUCUGAUGCAGAUUAGGCGUGCCAGAUACACCAUGGUAAAACAACGCAUACGAGACGCCCGCAAUACGCCAGUCGAAAAGGAUGACACUUUGGUGUAUGCUCUCCACCACAACAUGCUCUGGUUCAUCGAUUUCAUAUAUGGCCAUCUCACUUACCUGGUCAUAUCCACUGCAACCCAAUCCCUGCACUCAGCUCUAUUCGAAACAAAAGAUGUCGAUUCUAUGAUUGCCGCCCACCAGUCCUACAUGUCCUCAUUGGAAGCCCAGUGUCUGGUCUCGGAGAAUCUGUCUCCGAUCCACAAAGCCGUUAUCAGUCUCUUAGAUCUCUGUGUUCAUUUCGCAGAUCUACAAACUGCACACUUGUCCGGAACAUCCAACAGCAAAGAGGAAGAUGACGAAGAAGACUCCAUGGAGGCUGUGAAGAUACGGCCAACAAAGAAAGGCCCAGAAGAUGAAAUUGACUCCGACGACGAAGACGAUGAUAUGGGCCAUGAACAUACGCUUACGGUUUCAUUCCAUGACUCAACCUAUGACCAACAAAUGCGAAAGGUCAAACUACAAUUUGAUCACCUAGCUACUUUUGUCGCAGAUGGCCUCAAAGGUAUAGCUAGGGCGGAUGGAUUGCCUAGCUGGGACAUCCUUGCUGAAAGGCUUGAAUGGCGCAGGCAUAAUAUCUUGCGGUAA